AUGAAUAAUAAAAAUUUAUUAUUAAUUAUUGUUUUAAUAACAUUAUUAAAUUUUGUUAAAUCAAGUGAUUUAUCAUAUAAAAAAGUUCAUUUAGUUGAUUCAAUUGAAUUGGCCAAUGGUAAUACUAAUUACUUUUUUAGAGGUAAUCAACCAACACAAACAUUAUCAAAUGGAACUAAGAUUUUCCCAUAUGAUGAAUUGGUAGAAUUUUUAAGAAAUAGUUCAUUAUCAGAGUUUGGUGUUAAAUUACCAGAACAAUUUUAUAUUAUCGAUAUUAAAUUAAUCAGUGGUCCAUUACCAAGUGAAUUACCAGAUUUAGAAUUGGAACAAAACUUUUUUGCAGCAAAUCCAACACUUGGUGAAUCUCGUACAAAUCAAACUUGGGGUGAUAUAAUUGAUCCACAGUUAGUUCCUCAAGAUAAAUUGGAAGAAUAUGCAUCAACCAUUUCAAGUUGGUCUGCUGAUAAAUUACCACAAAGAAUGAGAGAUUAUCAUAAUAUUCUUUUAACUGAACGUGAACUUCCAACUGUUUUAUAUGUUCAUUGUGAAUGUGGAUGUGAUAGAACAGGUGAAGUUAUGGCUUCAUAUGUUAUGAAAUUUAAAGGAUGGGAUUUACCAAAAGCAUUAGAAUGGGAUUUUGCAAUUGCUGGUAGAGAUAUUAAUUUUUCAAAUCGUUGGAGUGCCCAAUGGUAUUGUUUAUACCUUAAUUAUGUUGAAAACUAUAAACUUGAUUGUAACCAACCAACUCCACCACCAAAAUCUUUGAUUUCAAUUAAUAACUAUUAA